UAGCAUAUAGUAGGGGUAUUUAAAAUGAGAGUCUCCAUAGUGUCCUCUUUUUUUGCUCUUCAAAAUAUGGAAAUCCUAACAUGAUGUGGAUGCGAUUACAACAAAUAAGAUGCUGGAAAUGAAUGAGGAAACACAAAUAAUCUAUAAUUCCAGUAUAAUGUCUAGGAAUACAGUUGGAAACUGUUAAUCCCAUGCACUCGGGGAAAUGCAGUUUGGGAAAGGCGGGACACAAGCUGCAUUUGUGAGAGCAAAAAUAAUAAUAACCUCUUUCACCCAGUGCUUGGAAAUUUAACAAAUGUAUCCUCUCACACACUGCUCAGUUUACGGGGUUUUCUUUGCUCAUCCAAUGCUUUUCUAAGAGUAAAAGCAGCUGCAAGGGAAGCCAAUGGAACACAAUGCAGCAACGAAGAUGCCUCAUUGUCAGACAACAGAAAGGCCAGUCUUCACUUUUCUUCUGUCUAUGGCUUCCCUUGAAGACUGAUGGAACUUCCACUCCAAUACUUAACUCUUCACUUUCCGGUGCACUUUUCAGAGUGGGGAGCGGGUUGGGGAGAGCCACGUUACCUUUUACCGCAAAAGGCAACCGACGGAGUCAGGAAGUUUAUUGCAGGAGGAGUGUGCAAGUCUGCCGCGAAGCUCAAUGGGAAGGUUGUUGUGAUCACAGGGGCCAACACCGGCAUUGGGAAGGAAACUGCCCGAGACCUUGCAGGAAGAGGUGCCAAAGUCAUCCUUGCUUGCAGAGAUAUGGCAAAGGCAGAAAAAGCAGCCUGUGAAAUCCGGACCACGACAGGGAAUCAGCAGGUUACGGCAAAGAAACUGGACUUGGCAGACACCAAGUCGAUUCGAGAAUUUGCUGAGAAUUUCCUCAAAGAGGAGAAAGAACUCCAUAUCCUCAUUAACAAUGCAGGGGUUAUGCUGUGCCCCUACUCCAAGACAGCCGAUGGCUUUGAGAUGCAUCUAGGAGUCAACCACCUGGGGCACUUCCUUCUAACAUUCCUGUUGAUAGACUGCCUGAAGCAGUCGGCACCAGCACGCAUAGUCAAUGUAUCCUCACUGGCCCAUCAUGGUGGGAGGAUUCGCUUCCAUGACCUCCAGGGCGAGAAGUCCUACAAUCGGAGCCUGGCAUACUGUCAUAGCAAACUGGCCAAUAUUCUCUUUACCCGGGAGUUGGCCAGACGACUGCAAGGCACUGGUGUCACUGUAAAUGUCCUGCAUCCUGGAACAGUCUCUUCUGAAUUACCCCGCCAUUCAGCUAUAUUAGAUAUUGUAUGGAAAAGGUCGUCUUUCUUCUUGAAGACACCGGCGGAAGGAGCCCAAACCAGUGUGUAUUGUGCAGUGGCAGAGGAGCUGGAAUCAGUGAGUGGGAAGUAUUUCAGUGACUGCAAACCAGCAUAUGUAUCUCCUCAAGGACGCAAUGAAGAAACAGCAAAGAAGCUCUGGGACGUCAGCUGUGAACUAUUGGGCAUCCAUUGGGACUGAAUGAGGGGUGAUCUUUCCCUAGAGUUGUACAUGCCUAGUGAGUUAUUUCUUGGAAAAGGCAAACACUGUCAGAGCUGAAGGAUGCAGCUCCUACACGGUCAUUUGAUACCCAAGUUUUGAAUUUUGUUUAUCAUAAAGAGAGCCGUUCAAGGCUUUCAUAUACACAACAUAGCUAUCAGCAUGCUCUGGUUUCCAACAUGAGAACAGCCAUCCUCCUCUUGGUUUGAUGCAUAAAUAUGGAAGGAGCAGUUGCCAAAAUACAAGCAUGCAUUGUACCUAGUCUCUCACUCCUCAGUGUUGAUUUGUUUGAUAAAUUAAUCACUAUUACAUUUAGGUUCCUGAUGGAGGUUAACUGAGAUCUGUCAAUCCGGCUACAGUAGAUACUUGUUUGUACUGCUACUUUAUCUUUUACGAGAAGCCAGCUUUUUGCUGGCCUCUGGAACAUAAAAUGUGAUCAGAAAUGGUGCAUUGAGAGUUUAGACCUGCAAAUGGAAUAUUGUUUCUGGAAGCAUUAUAUGAUAGCUAGUUGAGGCCAGUUCAGUUCAGGGCAAGUUGAGUUUAAACACAUAGGUUUAACUUCCCUGUAGAUUUGGGGUCCAAUUACACUUUUGAACUUGAGUUGUGAGGAUAUCACAAAAUGGCUGCCAGCCAUAAAACACUCCACAUAAGGCAAGCUGCUGAGAUGAAGAUAGGAGUUGCUUGCUCAAAUCAGUAAGUACAAGGUGUGUGUAUUCUGAGCUCCAAAACUCUUGCUUUAAGCCUCCCAUUUUCUAGUCAACCAGCCAAUUCCCACCAAUGCAGAGAAGGCCAGCCUCUCUUCUUAAAUCAGUUCUUCAAAAUCUGUUUUGAUUUCCUGCCCCAUGACCAAAUGGCCUCUUGUACUCGGGUACAGACAUUUCUUGCUCCCUCCCUCUCCUUGGUGUCAACACAACUUCAGGCUGCUAGUGUAUAAUUUAGAACUAUUUAAUUGAAUGUUGUCCGUGGGGAGAAUGGCUAGUGGACCCUGAAAAGAAGAAUGAACCAAUCAAAGUGGUAGGGGGGCCCUAAACAGACAGCAUGGGGGAAAGCAUGAAAUAACUUUAAUUCUCUCUGGGUUAAAAAGAGCUUGGUGGGUGCCCUAGUAGAUAACUUGGUAUUACAGUAGGGAGCUUAGCUGUAAAUUGAUCAUACUAUUAUUUUGUAUAACGUAAGUGCUUUGUUAGUAUCUAACAGCCCUUUGUCAGAACAAUAGAGCCAUGGGGUGGGCAUGGUAUUCUUAAUUUUCUGAGGGAAAAUGAGAAAUAAAUCCAGCAGCAUGCCUUUUGAGUAUUUAGUUGUUGGACAGAUAACUUUUACAAGGAGUCAGAUUCUGCAUAAAUGUUUGGUGCUGUGACCACAAGUUGGCUUACAGGAAAAAAAGUUCUGCUUGUGUCGAGGGGACUUAGUUUAAGUAAAGUAAUGCAAAGUCCAUUUUCUUUGGCUGGAAGUUUGUUUGGCAUUCAGCACUGGACAUUUCUCAAUACACUGACUAAAUUAAACAUUCAAACUUGCACUGCUCUGUCUUUGCUUUUAAACAUUGAUCUCUAUGAUUUAAUUUAAUGUAAUUUAAUACAAAAAUCCCAACGUAUGUCAAAGUUAAACUAAAUGAAAUAAAUUGACAAAAUAUGCUUUAUUCCUGUUCAUUAUGGACAGAAGUUCAUCUCUCAUCAAGGGUCAACAUUUGUUCAUCAGAAGGUUUCAUCUCAUCAACACCAGUAUUUAUGAGGCAGGGCAAUUUAUAGGACAGGUUUUGCUGGUGGAAAAAAACACCUUAGAGUGAGCCACUAAGGAUUUUUGAGUUGCAAACAAUGUAAAGUGCAUAGAGUACAGUGCAAAAGGGAACACAGAAUUAGUAUAGAAUCUUCACCAUAGCAGGGUCUAUUGUUUCUCCUGUGAAGACGUAUGUAAGAGACAGGCAAGGGAAUGAGAGAUGUAUAGCAACUUAAAAUACUGUAUAUAGAAUUAGUGCUUUUCUCCCCCCCCCACAUGCUUUCCCAUGAGAAAACUGAUCAAUACCACGUACAGUCACAUCACGUUCUUCUGAAGCCCAGUAGAAAUUCAGUUCUGACAGACAGAAAAGCAGCUUUUGUAAGCCUUAAAUUCCUAAUAGGAUAAUCUUCAAGACUGAGGAGGUGGAAGAACUUGAAAGCUGAAUGUAUAUAACUUAAGCUGCAAGCUAUUUCUGGACACCAAAUCCCAUGAACUAAUUGUUCCUAGCAUUUGUGGCUAUGAUGUAAUGCUAAGACCCAUAAAUAAAGGUCAACCAUGUUAAAGUUA